AUGUUUAUAGCCCGUGACUAUCUUUCUAUAUGUUGUAAAAUUCCUUUCAGUGUGUGCCAACAUACAUUAACCGCUUUUAAGUCAAGCAUUCGAGAGAACUCAAUGCCCAACACCCACAUGGACGGGUUCGUCCUUGCCCACUGCGUAUUCUAUAGUGUAUUUCAUCCUACUGAAGGUACCAAGGUUAGACAUGAAUUUCCCCCAGGAUGCCUCGAAGCCAGCGAUAUACGAUUCGAUACCAUCAAAAAUUACGUGAUUCCCAAAGCACAACUUUGCAACAAACUUUUAACGCUCAAAUAUGGAUCAUACAGGAUAGUUUGCUAUCCAGUUAACGUUGUCGCUCCAUAUUACGCUCGGAAUUCUUUUAGCUUCGAUUUUGUUUUUGUAUUUCCGUAUGACUGUGCAACGUCCCCUUACGAGCCAGCUAUCGAGAGGUUGGGUAAGAUGUUUGCGGUGUUGGAAGAGCAAUCCCAAAUACUGUCAAAGGCUGAGAAUAGCAGCGUUUAUUUCCAAUUGAAGGCCAGGGAUACCCACAAGCAUUCCACCACCGAGAUAGUAAAGGAGACCGAAGCUCCAGGUCCUCUCAAGCUUGGGGGGGACGUACAGUCUCAGGGGCAGGGCUACGCAUUCGAGAAGUAUCAGGAGAUACUGAAAGACUUAGAAAGCUCCAAACAGAGAUUAGCUAUCGACGAUUUGAUCGCGAAGAUAUUUCAAGACUUGAACAACUAUUCCGAGUGCUUAAUACCGAUUGACUCAGGCAAUUCAGUUGAUAUUAAGCUAUUUCCGCCUCUUUCUCCUCCUAAUUCAUCUCUCUCAUUUGAGGACGUACCCAUUUCUACGGUCAACUUGGCCAAACUGAUAGACGCGAGCUGGGAUCCAACUAUGUUACGAAUUGUUCCCUACAUUGAUGGUAUAAACAGUAUUGCAAAAAUAGCACGAUUAAGUGAUAGUUACGUCGGUUUAGUCACAGAAUGCAUCAAGCACUUCAUAUACUACAAUUGUGUCAUAUUAGCCGACAUUUUUCAAUUCAGCAAUAUCUACGCUCCAACCAGUGAAAUCAAUCGUUUCCUCUCUGAUUCCUCUCUAGCAGCAGAAUGCCAAACCUAUGUCACAUUCAGAGACUCCACGCAAAUCUCUAGCCUUCCGUUUGAACAAAGGCUCGCACCACCCAAUCAAAAUAAUCCAAGAACUCGCAACUCCAGCGGAACAUUGGAUACACUUCGCAAGGGGAGGACAUAUACCACAAGGGACGGGUCAUUUACAUCCGCUACUACAUCAUCGGUUAACGUUUAUCAAAACACUCCACAAUCGCAUAAUUCUUCACUCCCUUACCAUAGUGCUACAGACGCUGGCCAUUCACAGUCCGAAGGCGGGGAACACGGUGAAGGUAUGUGGCCGCUUCCUUCCCAGUCAUGCCUCUUUGAUAUGUACAGGUCCUUGUCGCAGGGUCAAACGGUCAAAGAAUGGUACAGGAUACACUUUGAGAAAAUGCGAUCUGCGAGAAUCGACGUAAGACGAUUUAUAACAUUUGGAGUAAUUCACGGACUACUCUAUAGAUGCUAUUCAUAUCCUGUUUUGAAAAACGUAGGAUUCUUGGAGGUGGUUAAAUCUUUGAACGCUCAUAAAGACUCCAAAGCCAGUGGAAGUGAGUUAACCUCGAAAGAUAGAGAUCCGCUCAACAGCAUUCUUUCCAGUGCAGAUAUUGGAGUUGGAUUGGAGAAGUCCAAAGCUCAACUGAGGAAAGGCAAAAGGCAAAACAUGUUGGCUGCAGAUGCCGCGGAGGAGGUUUUAAAUGACGUUUACCGGAAGCUUGCACUUAAUGAAAGUCAAUUGGACCCUUCUUCUACGGGAAACCCAAUGUCCAAACUUUUUGGUAAAGGCUUCAAUCGGUCUUCCGGGGACAUAUCGACGAAAGGAAGUUUAAGCUCAGCUGGUUCUGAUGCUCGCAACAAGGUUGCUUUUGACAUAACGAGGUCUAUGACUCCUGGUUCGGCAGAUGAGAGAAGAAAGAAUGAGAUGAAUCAAUCUAUCGCAACCAGAAGAAACGAGGAACUCAUUCUCCUCAAAUCCGUGAGAGACGUGGAAAACUUCGAUAAAAUCUGCACACGGCUUGAAAAAGAUAGAGAGGAAGUUGAAAGUAUGCUUCGAGACCUGGGGCCCUAUAACGUUCUCCAUACUUGA